CUCCAUCUGUGGGACUCAGCCAGCUAGCACGUCCCCGCCAUGACGGUCUCUGGCGCACUGCUGCUGCUCCUCCGCCUCGUCGCCCUCACCGGCACCUUCGUCCAGGGAAGCUACGUGAUCCUGACUCCGAGGCAAUGGACGUCAGAGGCACCGGCGCAGGUGUGUGUAAUGGUGGACGACCCGGGGGCCCCCUCCGGUAGACUAACCUUCGCCAUCACCACUAGGGAUUGGCGGCUUGUCAGGGAUGAGCAGAAUGUCACCGUUAUUCCUGAUACCACCCUCCAGGUCCCAGCAGGUACAUAUGACUCAUGCUACGGGGUAUCAGUGCCAAGCUCGAAGUAUUCCAAUGGUGCGCUACAUGUAUAUGGCAUUGUGGGUGGCACCAAGGUCAACCGCACCGUCAACAUCAGCCUGAAGCGAUCUAACGAGAUCAAUUUCCUGCAGUCGGACAAGUUCCUCUACGAACCUGGCCAAAAUGUCAAGCUCAGGAUCCUCAGCAUAGUCGGGGCAGAUCUUAGCGUCUCAUACAAACCGUACCCGGAGGUGUGGGUCACGACGCCCUCCAAAACGCGCAUCGCCCAGUGGAAGAACGUGGACAACACCGCUGGGUUGGUCCACCUUGACUUCGAUCUGGCUGAUGAACCAGAGAUGGGAAACUACCGCAUCCACGUGAAGACUCAUGAUGACCGGACUGAAGUUCGAGACUUCAAGGUGGAGGAGUUCGUAUUGCCACGCUUUGAGGUGAAGCUGAAGACCCCCAGUUACAUCCUGGCUGUUGACGAGGAGUUCACCUUUACCGUGUGUGCCAAUUACACCUUUGGCCAACCUGUCAAAGGCAGCCUGUCACUGACUAUUAGCAACGGUAAGAGGAAGAAGUGUCUAAACAAGGUCACCAACAAUGUUACAAUCUCUGGGUGUAAGGACGUGAAGAUAACGUCAGCAGACAUGCAGAUCAUCGACUGCAACGUGUACCAACUUACAGCAAACGCCAUCGUGACUGAGGAAGGUACGGAUGUGGAGGUGAGAGCCAACAGCCGCAUCUCUAUCACCCGGAAUGCCGUCACUUUCAAAACUAUCUACUCAGACAAAUAUGUGAAGCCGAACCUUCCAUUUACACUGAAGCUGAGAGCAGAACUGCCAGAUGGUUCUCCCGCAGCUGGUGUCCCUAUGGAAGUGUGUGCAGCUGGUCGGUGUACCAACAUGACCACAGCUCCUGACGGUCUCUUCACUACAGUCUUACCAUCGUACAAGACCAACAGAGUCUACAUGAAGGCUCUAAACUGCCGCGCUAACAUGCACGAGUCGUCAUACAGCAAAGAUCUGGAGCACUAUUACUCCCCCUCCAACUCCUCCUUGCUGAUCCACGCCCCCGAGGGUAAACUGAAGUGUGUACCAGGACAAACUCAGCAACACGCCCUACCUGUGCUCUUCUCUGCCAGGAACCAAAACACGCCUACCAUCUACGUACAGGUCGUAUCACGUGGGAAAAUCCAGUACCGGAACUCCCAGAAAUAUCAGUUAACUAGUGGAGACCUGCCCAUCAGUGUGGAGCACCUGGUGGAGCCUCUGCCUCCUCCUAUUGAGGGCACCGUCAGGGGAGUCGUCAGCAUCAACGUCAAUCUUCCCCCGACAGCUUCUCCUAAGGCCAAGGUGUUGGUGUGGUACACUCGUGAGGACGGGGAGGUGGUGGCAGACACCAGAGAGCUGGAGGUGGAGAAGUGUCUUGGUAGCAGCGCCAGUCUCACCUGGUCAGAGUCUCAGGCACAACCUGGACAACAGACCACUUUGACUCUCUCGUCAGAUCCAAACUCCGUGUGUAGCCUCGGUGUGGUGGACAGAAGCUCAGAGCUCUUGGCAACAGAUCCUGACCCCAUCACACUGGAGAAACUGUUCAACUUUGCCGAUGACUUUGACAUAAAUCCCUGGCGGAACUCCCAAGUCAACACCCAUAAGUAUUGUCAUGAUAAAUAUCUCCAGAAAUUAACACCAGGAGUCAGUUCAGAUCAAGGGGGGAUUGGCUUUCCAGGCCCUUCAUGGCAUCAAUCCUACUACAGCGAUUAUGUGGACGCUCUCAGUAUGUUUGAUAACUCUGGCCUGUAUAUCUUCACUGACCUGACUGUUGAGACGAGGCCGUGUGAGAAAGAAGAGCGACAUCAUUAUUUCGAGACAGCUGGCCUCCCUGGCUUUGCUUUUGGUGGUGCUUCUGGUAGUGCUGGUAAUGGUGGUGGUGGUUUGGGGGGUCCUCCGCCGUCUCCCCAAGCAUCCUUUGCACCUACUACUACUAAUCCAUCUGCCUCUAGACCCCCAAACGUUGAGAGUUCCGUCUUCAGUAAUAAGGAAGAUAGCGAGGAAGUGGCAGAUUCUCCCAGGACCAAUUUCCCCGAAACUUGGCUUUGGGAUAUUGUCGUUCUGCCAUCGUCUGGGGUGAACAGCCAGGACCUGACCCUUCCUGACACCAUCACACAGUGGGUGGGCAAGGCCGUGUGUGUCCACCCAGAGAAGGGCGUGGCACUGUCUGAGAGGGAGUCCAUCACUACCUUCACCCCCUUCUUCGUCGACCUCACCCUUCCCCCCACUGUCAAGCGUGGCGAGAUACUCCCCGUCAAGAUGUCCAUUUUCAACUACCUAGACCGACCAAUACCUGUGAGUGUGAAGGUGGAGCAGAGUGAAGAAUACGAGAUCAUACAGGAGCCAGGAGCACCAGGCGAGCUUGGACGGCGUAGCUCGUGUCUACCAGCACAAGACAAGGUUGUCCACACAGUCAAGAUCAAGCCACUGGUGAUCGGAGAAGUCAACAUUACGGUGUCGGCGUUCGUGGACUACCAGUACCCUCAGCCAUGUGGGUCAGUGGACACCUCCAUCCACAGAAGUGAUGCUCUUAUCAAGCCCAUCACGGUUGAGGCUGAAGGAUUCCUGCGGGAGAAGACCUGGACCAAGUACAUCUGCACAAAGGACUUCGAGACAGGAGAAGACUCACUGGAGGCCUGGGAGCUGGAGACGCCCUCGGCCAUCGUGGAGGGGUCAGAGCGAGCCUGGGUUACCGCCGUGGGUGACCUCCUCGCUCUCACACUCGAGAACCUGGGACACCUGAUCCGUAUGCCGUAUGGGUGUGGAGAGCAGAACAUGGUUAACUUCGCCCCCAACAUCUAUAUCAUGCAGUACCUCGAGGCCUCUCAUCAGACUACCCCGGAGAGCACCAAGAAGCUGCUCAACUUCAUGAAAACAGGCUACCAACGGGAGCUCCUGUAUCGACGUAACGAUGGCUCCUACAGCGCCUUCGGGAACGCUGACAAUUCUGGUUCUACCUGGCUGACGGCCUUCGUACUCAAGUCGUUCGCCCAAGCUCAAGAGUAUAUCUCAAUUGACAAGGCAGGGCUGGACCAAACAAGCAAAUGGCUUCAGUCACAUCAAGACAAAGAAGGCUGCUUCAGAUCUGUCGGCAAAGUCUUUCACAAGGGCAUGAAGGGUGGUAUUGCUGGCAGUGACUCUCCUGUACCUCUGACGGCCUAUGUGAUGAUCUCUCUGCUGGAGACCGGGGAUGACUCCUGUAGUGCCGCAGUUUGUCUGGCUGCCCAGUGCCUACAGGCCGACACCUCCCAGGACCCCUACACCCUGGCCCUCAAGUCCUAUGCCCUGGCCUUAGCUAAGGUGCCUCAGGCUGAUGAAGUUUUCCAACAGCUUCUUGAUCAAGCUAUCAUAGCCAAGAACUCUACCCACUGGGAACUACCUAAAGGACCAGGAAAAAGUAAAGCAGUAGCGGUGGAGACAGCUGGAUAUUCUGUCAUGACUAUGAUGACUCUGGACCCUAAGAAAUAUGAACAACAGGCCAGGAAGGUUGUGAAGUGGAUAACGGCACAGAGAAACGGACAGGGAGGAUUCUACUCAACACAGGACACAGUGGUGGCCCUCCAGGCUCUGGCCACGUAUGAGUCCCACUUGUACCAGGGCCCCUUGAGCGUUGUGGCAACAGUGACAGCUACUGGGCUCUCCCAUUCCUUCACUGUCACAGACGACAACAAACUCCUGCAGCAGCUGGAAACACUGCCAACACUCCCCACCACCGUCUCUAUCACUAUGGAGGGCCAAGGAUGUGCUGUUCUCCAGGCUGUUCUUCGGUAUAAUAUUCCUGAGCCUGAAGGAAGUGAUGCCUUCGACCUGACUGUCAACACCAACACGGCUCCAGACAACAAGUGCGUCACCAAACGCAUCACGGCCUGUGCUUCCUAUCGCCUCCCUGAUGGCAAGUCUAACAUGGCUGUCAUCGAGGUGGACCUCAUCUCUGGUUACAUCCCUGAAAAAGAAGACCUGAAGAAACUUGUGAAUGACAACGUCAACAUAAAGCGUUAUGAUGUGGAUGACGGCAAAAUUGCCUUCUACAUUGAAGAAUUAACUGCCCAAGACACCUGUGUAAACUUCCGUGCGAUACGAGUGGUUGACGUGGAGGAUGUGAAGCCUGGCACAGUGCGUGUUUACGACUACUACCAGCCUGAGUUCGAGAUAUCCAAGAAUUACAAACUGCCGCCCACAAAUGAAUGCCGCUAGAUAGCCCAGCCCUAGUGCUGGUAUUCCUUGUGUCACUAGUUGAUACUGAGUUUAUUAGCUGAUGCUGAGGUUACUUAGAAAAGCUGGCGUGUCAAGUUGAUGCCGAAAACAAUUGCCGAUCAACUAUCAACCUUGAGCUGCAGUCUUCAUCGUCUACCCUGCACAUGAUGUACUCUCCCACUCUUAUUGCCCACUGUUAUUUGUGUUUACUGACGUCACUCGGCCACUGUGUUUAGUGUGUCAUGUCCUGCUAAGCUGAAUUAAGUCUGUUUUUUUUGUAUUAUCUUGUCUUGUUGUUGAUGAUGUUUCUCACUCUAUACUGAAGACUAAAAUAAUAAUUGUUGAGGAUGAAAUCUUAAGUGCUUCGAAACAGUCAGUUGACGAAAUGCAAUAAACUGUCCGGAAACC